UUUGUAACAGGGCAUUCGAGACCACAAGGAGCAGCAACAUAUGGAGCGUAUACUUUUAAAGCAUUUCCACUAGAUAUGAGUCAAUACAAUCGAUUAUUCGGAGUAUCUAGAAUACCUGGAAAAGGGAAAGAUACGUUGGUACAACAUAAAAAAUCAAGUCAUAUAUUGGUAUUACGGAGUGGCAACUUAUAUUCAUUAGAUGUUUUGGAUGAAAACGGAAAUAUAGAGCAGCCCAACAUAAUUUACGGGCGUCUGGAAGCUAUUUUACGAAUGGACAAGCUUAGUGGCGACUCUAGGACACCUGUUGGGGCUCUUACAUCUAUUAACCGAGACGAUUGGGCUGAAAUUCGACAAUAUUUAGCCAAUAACGUAUGCGAAGAAAACAAGCGACUACUUGAAAGAGAAGUAGAUGCUGCUCUCUUUUGUUUGUGCUUAGACGCAUCAGAUGAUCCCAUGUAUAGCGAAGAAAAUUUUGUUUCACUUCUGAAGCAUUUGUUGGCAGGAGAAGGCAAGAAUCGCUGGUUCGAUAAGUCUAUCACGUUAAUNUUGGAGACUUAUACCACUGGGUAG